UGUUCAUACUUGAUCCAUUUUAAUGUUAUUUAACAAAAUAUACAUAUACUAAAUAUAUAUUAACUAUAAAUUGUAACUAGACAAGGAAAUAUAAAUUCUUUUACACACGCGCAGGAGACAAAUCGAGUGGUUGUGAUUUUUUUUGUGUGCCGACUCAUUGCAUAUAUAUACAUAUACAUAACCACACAUUACAUAUACAUAGACAAAUAUAUAUAUAUACUUUAUUUUAUCGGACAAAAAAUUCAUAUCAAAUUUCAAUAUAAAAAAAAAAAAUUUAGUAAAAUUUAAAUAAAAACUCGUGAUAAAAUUAAAAAAUAAUAUAAUUUUGCGCAAUUUAAGUGCUUCAAAUAUUUUAUAUAUUUUUAAUAAAUAUAUAUGUAUUCUAAUAUAUAAUACAAUAUUAUUUGUGGUGUGUGCUUUUAUAACCUCAAAAUAAUCCAAAAUGAUUAUCACGUUGAAAAAUUUACAGCAACAAACUUUUACUAUUGAAAUAGACAGUAGUAAAACGGUAAAAGAGUUAAAAGAUAAAAUUGAAGUCCAAGAAAAAUUUCCUGCUUUACAUCAAAAAUUAAUUUAUGCUGGUAAAAUAUUAGUUGACGAUGAACCCUUAUCUCAAUAUAAUAUUGACGAGAAAAAGUUUAUUGUUGUUAUGGUAACGAAGCCCAAAGUAGCCGAUAAUACAAGUACAAGUAACCCAACAGAAGAUGCAUCAUCUACUGCAGCUAAAGAACGUACAUCCAGAGAUUCAACAGCAGCAGUAUCAGAACCAUCACCUGUAACCCGACCAACUCCAGUAGUCCAACAGCCAACUGAACAAGCUGCUGCUGCAGCAUCUGCUGUAGCUGCGAUAACUGAAGCUGCAGCUAGAAAUCAACCUGAAAGUGCAUUACUUACAGGAGAUGCUUACAAUACUAUGGUUAAUAAUAUUAUGGAUAUGGGAUAUGAACGUGAACGAGUUGAACAAGCAUUACGUGCAAGCUACAAUAAUCCUGAUCGUGCUGUCGAAUAUUUAAUAACUGGAAUACCGGCACAAUUAUUUGACGAUUUACCGGAUGACAAUGCGCCAGAAGGUGCAGAUGCUAUUCUUGAACAAGGAGGUGGUGAAGCUGGUGGUGAUCCUCUUGCAUUUUUACGCUCCCAGCCUCAGUUUCAACAGAUGCGUGAUGUUAUACAACAAAACCCUCAGUUGCUUAAUGCUGUCUUGCAACAAAUUGGACAGUCGAAUCCUGCAUUGUUGCAAUUAAUUUCUCAAAACCAGGAUGCAUUUAUUCGUAUGCUCAAUGAACCGGCUAGAGCAGCUGGUGCUGGAGCACCAUUGACAGGAUCAAAUCAAGCCGUACGUGGUACCGGAGGAACUGGAGCCGGUGCAGAUGCCGUCAAUCCAGCAGGAGCUGGAGUCAUACCAAUUUCUCCCCAAGACCGUGAAGCUGUCGAACGAUUAAAAGCACUAGGUUUCCCAGAACAUUUAGCACUUCAAGCAUAUUUUGCUUGUGAAAAAAAUGAGAAUCUCGCUGCUAAUUUUUUAUUAUCACAAAAUCUUGAUGAUUGAAUAUGUUAAAAAAAAAAAUAAAUAAUAAUAAUAAACAAUUUUAUUGAUUACAAUUAACAAUAACAAUUAAUGAGUAAUAAAAACUAAAAAAAAAAAGUUUUUUUCCAGUUUGGAAAAUUUC